CCUUAUAGAUUCAAAUCCAUGGCCUACCCCUUUAACCGUUUGAUGACAGAAAUUGAAAAGAAAAUAGGUGUUGAGUUAGGAUGCUGUGUGAAGGUGGAUGAUGGUGGAGGUGAUUCAUGGGGAGUAGAUUACAUUUGUGCUAGAUUCUUUGUUGACUCAAGGAAAUUGAUCAAACGUGGGAUAAAAUUAACGAUGAGGGAUGCUUUCAUCAACCUAGUGUUGGGGGAGGCAGUAAGGCGGCAAUGCUCCAAUACCAAUAUGGAAGGUGCGCGUUACAUGGACUUUAGGCGAUCUCUUAGGAUCUCGAAACCUCAUGAUUGGUGGAGUAAUAAAGGGGGGAUGAUUGGAGCCAUUAUGACGGAUCAGGACUCAGACACAGUCUCUAUCAUCUUGUUCUCUGCUACCCAAACUACUACUUUUCCUACAACCCGUGCUUGGAAACGGGAUGUCCAGAGUCGUAAACCCCAAGCUGCUACUUCAUGGUUUGCUACCCCUAGACUUAAAAGGAAGGAAGAGCUAGUCAUGGAGGAGGUAAAUGUUGAUGUGAGUAGUGAGAAAAAUGGCAGAGGAGUGGGAGAGAAUGGCACCCCAGUUAUCUUAUCGACGGGUGCCGUUAUGCAAGCCCUGCAGAUGAUCGAUGGCUUAUUCACUUGGCAAUGCAAUGCAACCUUUGAGAAGCUUGACAGAGGACUAGCAACCCUUACACUGCAUAAGUGUCAGAAUCCUCAGGCCACAUGUCAGGAAGAGCAAAAGAUUAGUCAAGACAUGGAGGAGUGGCUUGAACGAGAGGAAAUAAUGUGGAGACAACGCUUUCGUGACAUAUGGCUCCAAGAGGGCAAUAGGAACAUAAGGCUCAUCUCGGAUAACUUUCUUAUUGCUUAUGAGGUGCUUCAUUACAUGAGGGCAUGGCGUCAUCAAAAGCAAGGAUGGCAAGCUGUUAAACUUGACAUGAGCAAGGCUUUUGAUCGAGCUGAAUGGCCAUACCUUGAGACUGUUAUGAAAUCUUUGGGUUUUGUAGAGAGAUGGAUUUCAUCAAUCAUGGGGUGUGUGACUUUUGUUAGUUAUGAAGUGUUGUUGAAUGGAAUAGUUAUCGGAGGGGUGGUUCCAUCUAGGGGGUUUCGACGGGGUGAGCCAUUGUCGCCUUAUCUUUUCCAUAACAGUCUCAAGCACAAGCCGCCAAAUGAAGGAGUGUCUCAGGCAAAGCGCCGCAGGUCACUGAUAAUCUGCGAGCUUGGCCCCCUAAAAGAAUAUCCGCGUGCUUUGGCUUUCGCAGUCACGGAUACCAUGGCUUUCUCGGCGGCCGUCUCCUACUACUCCCCACGCAUUCUUCCGGCCACCGCAUUCGCGUCCGGAACUACAACCAAAUGGCAGAUCUGUACGUUGCCUUCUGAAUGCCGCUCGCUUUCUCACCUUCAACGCCUCCCUCUUUCCAGAAUGACUUUAGCUUCACAGCGUGGGAAAAGGAUUUCAUCAACGAUCCGUGUUGAAGCUUCAGUAACAGAUAUGUCAGUUGUGAAAUCGACUGAAGAAGUUAAUCUUCCCAGAGGCGACGUGUGGUCUGUUCAUAAGUUUGGUGGAACCUGUGUUGGGACCUCUCAAAGGAUCAAGAAUGUUGCAGAUAUAAUCAUUAAUGAUGAUUCAGAAAGGAAGUUGGUGGUUGUGUCGGCAAUGUCAAAGGUGACAGAUAUGAUGUAUGACCUGAUCUUCAAGGCACAAUCACGAGAUGAUUCCUAUGUUUCUGCACUGGAUGCUGUUUUAGAAAAGCACAGGUUAACAGCACAUGAUCUUCUUGACGGAGAUGAACUUGCUAGUUUUUUAUCCCGGCUGCAUCAUGAUGUUAAUAACCUUAAAGCAAUGAUUCGAGCAAUUUACAUUGCUGGUCAUGCAACAGAAUCUUUUACGGAUUUUGUUGUGGGACAUGGGGAGUUAUGGUCUGCGCAGAUGUUGUCAUCUGUUAUUAGGAAGAAUGGGAUCGACUGCAAUUGGAUGGAUACAAGGGAAGUGCUCAUUGUGAAUCCUACUAGCUCUAAUCAAGUUGAUCCUGAUUUCUUGGAAUCUGAAAGAAGACUUGAAAAGUGGUUCUCUCAAAAUCCAUCAAAGACUAUAGUAGCAACUGGUUUCAUUGCCAGCACGCCUCAAAAUAUUCCUACAACUUUGAAGAGGGAUGGAAGUGAUUUUUCUGCAGCUAUAAUGGGUGCUCUAUUCAGGGCUCGUCAAGUUACAAUUUGGACAGAUGUUAAUGGUGUAUACAGUGCAGACCCUCGAAAAGUUAGUGAUGCUGUGAUACUAAGGACACUGUCUUAUCAAGAGGCAUGGGAAAUGUCAUAUUUUGGGGCAAACGUUUUACAUCCCCGCACUAUUAUUCCAGUAAUGCAAUAUAACAUUCCAAUUGUAAUAAGAAACAUUUUCAAUCUCUCUGAUCCUGGGACAACAAUCUGCCAUCGUGCCAUGACUGAAGAUGAAGAUGAUAAGACUGUGGAGUCUCCUGUUAAAGGGUUUGCAACAAUAGACAAUUUGGCACUAAUCAAUGUUGAGGGAACUGGAAUGGUUGGUGUUCCUGGUACAGCUAGUGCUAUUUUUGGUGCUGUGAAAGACGUGGGAGCUAAUGUCAUUAUGAUAUCUGUGGCCAGUAGUGAGCAUUCUGUGUGCUUUGCUGUGCCUGAGAAGGAAGUAAAAGCAGUUGCUGAGGCCCUACAAUCUAGAUUUCGUCAGGCUUUGGAUGCUGGACGUCUUUCUCAGGUUGCAAUCAUUCCUAACUGUAGCAUUUUGGCGACAGUUGGCCAGAAAAUGGCCAGUACUCCUGGUGUAAGCGCGACCCUUUUUAAUGCUUUGGCAAAAGCAAAUGUUAACAUUCGAGCUAUAGCUCAAGGUUGCUCUGAGUAUAAUAUUACUGUUGUUAUCAAGCGUGAAGAUUGCAUACGGGCUUUGACAGCUGUCCAUUCAAGGUUUUAUCAUUCAAGAACAACCAUAGCUAUGGGGAUAAUUGGUCCUGGAUUAAUCGGUGGCACAUUACUUGAUCAGCUCAGAGAUCAGGCAGCAGUCCUGAAGGAAGAAUUUAACAUUGAUUUACGUGUUAUGGGGAUCACUGGCUCCAGGACAAUGCUCUUAAGUGAUGUGGGAGUUGACUUAUCACAAUGGAGAGAACUUCUGAAGGGGAAAGGAGAAGUGGCAAGUCUGGAAAAAUUCACACAACAUGUGCAUGGAAAUCAUUUUAUUCCAAACACUGUUUUGGUGGAUUGUACAGCAGAUUCUAAUGUUGCAAGCUGUUACCAUGAUUGGUUGCGGAAAGGAAUUCAUGUAAUCACUCCAAACAAAAGGGCAAAUUCUGGACCCCUUGAUCAGUACCUAAAGCUAAGAGCUCUUCAGCGGAAAUCCGACACGCAUUACUUCUAUGAAGCAACUGUUGGAGCUGGUCUUCCAAUUGUCAGCACUUUACGAGGUCUCCUAGAAACUGGGGAUAAAAUAUUGCACAUUGAGGGAAUUUUCAGUGGGACUUUGAGUUACAUUUUCAACAGCUUCAUUGGGACUAGAUCUUUCAGUGAGGUGGUAGCAGAGGCCAAGGGGGCAGGUUAUACUGAACCGGACCCUAGAGAUGAUCUCUCAGGAAUGGAUGUGGCAAGAAAGGUCAUAAUUCUUGCUAGAGAAUCUGGUUUGAAGUUGGAACUUUCAGAUAUCCCCAUUCAAAGUCUGGUGCCAGAACCACUGAGAGCUAGUGCAUCUGCUGAAGAAUUUAUGAAGCAAUUACAAUUAUUUGACCAAGAUUGGGCUAAGGAGAGAAAGGAAGCAGAAGAAGCAGGGGAAGUCUUGAGAUAUGUUGGCGUGGUGGAUGCUGUUAACCGAAAGGGGAAUGUGCAGCUGCGAAGAUACAAGAAAGAGCACCCGUUUGCACAGCUCUCCGGUUCUGAUAAUAUCAUAGCAUUCACAACUAAGAGGUAUGAGAAGCAACCUCUGAUAGUACGUGGACCUGGUGCUGGUGCACAGGUGACUGCUGGUGGAAUAUUCAGUGAUAUAUUGCGCCUGGCUUCAUAUCUUGGCGCCCCAUCUUAAAGAUUUGGAACUCUUCCAACUAUCCUUCAGCCUCAGUUCUUUAAGUUUUUGUUAACUGUCGCUGUGGUAACCCUUGAAAUGUAGUAAUGUAUCUUAGUUUUCUUUCCGAACUGAGCAAUGUCAAUUAGUUGUACACUAUGUUUUUCAAUCUAGGCUUUCUAUUCCGUAGAAUAAGCAUGCUCGGUAAGUGUAGAGAAGCUGUCCAAUAAGAGAGCACAUGGAUUGAGUAGCUACUUGAUACAAUAUGGAGCUUCCUCCAGUUCUUUGCAGUGUCUUCUGAUAGUAUUUAAUUAGUGUCGGCACUAUGGCACUUUAUUUAUAUGAAUUUCAAGAAUCAAGUUAAUGUCAAAAA